AUGCCCCUGGCAGAAAGAAAACUUGUCAACAAACUGGACUGGUUGAUUUUACCCUACGCGUGUUUAUCGUUUUUUGUCAAGUAUCUUGACGUGUCAGCAUUAACCAAUGCCUACGUUUCGGGGAUGAAGCAAGAUCUUGAUCUUUAUGGAAACAGACUGAAUUACAUCAACGCUGCUUAUGAGGUCGGCUAUGUUGUUUUCCAAAUUCCGAGCAACCUGGUACUUAUCAAUUACCCGGCACAAUAUUAUCUUCCAUUCGCAGAAAUAUUCUGGGGAAUGUUUACUCUUGGGACUGCCUUCGUGAAAACGUAUGAGCAGUUAGUGGCGAUGAGAUUUUUCGUUGGACUAAGUGCAACAUCUUGUUAUGUGGGUCUCGUUCAUGUUGUCAAUUCAUGGUAUAGAAAGAAGGAAUUGGGGCGGAGAAAUGCGCUGUUUUGGAUCGCAAACCCCCUCGGACAGAUGUUUGCGGGAUACCUACAAGCAGCAGCGUAUACUAAUCUAAACAACUCCCACGGGCUACAGGGCUGGAGGGGCUUUUUCAUUUUCCCAGAUAUGCCAGGUCGUACAAAGUCUCACUGGCUCUCCGAAGACGAAAAGGAGCUUGCCGUAAAGCGACUCAAUGAGGAAGGAUUCAAACCCUCCACGGGCCUGAGCAAAACCAUUGUGAAACGUCUGCUAGGAUCAUGGCAUGCAUAUGCUUUCAUUCUUCUUCUUGUUAUAUUCUGCAACAUGAUUUAUUCUGAUGGGACCCCUUUCAUUCUCUGGCUCGACUCACAACCAGAUAAGUACUCUGUGGCACUUGUGAACAACAUGUCCACGAUAACCAAUGGAGCGGCCCUCGUCGGAGCGUUGGUCAUGAGUUUUUACUCGGAUAUUCGAGGGUCACGCAUUGAACCUAUUCUACUCUCGGGGUUUCUCUGUAUCCUUGCCAAUUUACUCCUUGUAAUUUGGAAAAUCCCUGACGGUCUGAAGAUUUUCGCUUAUAUUGCGAUUGGAUGGUCUUCUGGUGCACUUCCUGUGGUUAUUACUUGGACAGCAGAAGGGUUGGCAGGUGAUCUGGAGGUCAGGGCCAUAGCAUUGGCAGCCUAUAAUUGCUUUGGUGAGAUCACAGCCUUGGUGGUUCCAUUGGUUGCGUGGCCAGUUUCCAAAGCACCAGGGUUCCGAGGCGGAUUCAUUUGGUGUACUGUUCUGAGUUUUCUCUAUCUUCUGAAUGUGGCAUGGAUAAUUUUCAAGAAGAGAAGAAGUGAAAAGGGAAAUGUGGUGGAGGAUAACACAAGGGACGAAAAUACAGACUCAGAUACACCAGCCGAUAUAGUUGUCGUAGAACGAAGGGGAAGCAAGGAAUAA